GGAGUUAAGUGUCUUGAUCAAGGACACAGUGGUGGUGGCUGUGAGGAUUGAACCAGCAACCUUCUGAUUAACAGUUAUAUGUGCUUUAUUCCAUUACGCCACCACCACCAAAUUGAGCUGAUUUAGCUAAAAAAAAUAUGGCCCACCUAUUGAGACUUUAUCUUAAACUUUUUAAAUCCCCUGUUAACAACAAUUACUUUCAAGCUCAGAGAAAUUGCACAUAAUUUCCUCUGUUUUGAAAACAGACAUUUUAAAUCGCAGUGGGGCUUUUAAUUUGAAAUCGAGUGAGAGACGUUCACUUAAUACUGCCAUUGUCUAUUAGUUCACUACAAACUUUUGUUUAUGUUCUGGGAGCAAAUUGCUGUUAUUAGAUUUACGGAGAGACCGUGUGAUGUUAUUGUCUUUCUGUGCCGAGCUGAAAUAAGAAAGAUGACUCCUGCUUUUGUAAAGCUAUUGAGUGAGUAUCGACAAGACGAUUCAAAUAAAAAAAGCGCUGAAAAUGUUGUCAGCUGGGUACAGUUGAGUUGAUUCAUGUAGACUAUGUAAAGGAAUGUGAUACAGUUUCCAAGACCAAAUGAUCGAUGAGUUAUGCUAUACAGGCUGUAUAGGCCUACUUAUAUGGCUUAUAUGAUAUUGGUCAACUAAUUUAAAUUGUUUAGUUUUUAAAGGCUGAUGCUGAUAUCAAUAUCUAAAUACAAUAUAAUAUAUUUGAAUUUAAAACACAAUUUAAUAAUAGUAAAUUAAAUCUACACAACACUAUUGUGUAGUAUAAGAUACUUAUACUGGGGAUGUUGAUAACAGGAUACUAAAUAGGAUGUUAUUUUCCUAGGUGUAUAUCGUAGUGUUUGUUCUCUGUCUCUGGUGUCAUGUGAGUGUGUCCUAUAAAUCACUUAGUAUUGCACAGAAGCAUGUGAGCGAUGCGUUUAAAUCAUUCCUUGUGUGAUGCAUGUGUUACGGUCGGGACUGAGACGAUACAAAUGAGAGAGAGGGAUUGUGCUUCAUAACAGACGUGUGUGCUCUGGUCUAAAUGGUGUGAAAAUUGGCUUACCCAUCUCUUAUUCAGGAUGAGGAUGAGAUUUUAGGAGCUUCUCACAGCAGACGAGGGUCUAAAGUUCUGGCUUCUUUUAUCCCUCUUUGUCACCCCUCACAUUUACCCUCCUUAAACUCCCUUUUCCCCCCUCCAUGCCGUCUCUUUGAGAAUGGAUGGUAAACCAUCGGGACAGGCCAGCGUGAACUCUUCCUACAUACCCACCAUCAUCUCCUCCAUGUCUGAUGAAGAGUUUCCUGAGGGUGAGGAGACGGGGGGCGACACCUCCCCGCUGAUCACCCAGCAGCAGCAGCCCACAGGGCCCCUGGGGGCCCGACACUGCCCGGAGGACUCCUAUAAUCUGGUGUAUAUCAUCUUCUUCCUGAUGGGCAUCGGCUCUCUGCUGCCCUGGAAUUUCUUCAUCACAGCCAAACACUACUGGCUGUACAAGCUGAGUAACAACUCCAGCCCUGCAGGCCACGAGGAACAACACAAUGACCUCAGCGACUACUUUGAGAGUUACCUUGCAAUUGCUUCCACUAUUCCCUCAGUGGUGUGUCUCAUCAUCAACUACCUUCUGGUCAACAGGUUGUCCUCUCAGGUGCGGAUCCUCUUCUCUCUGUUUGUGAUCUUGCUUGUGUUUGUGGUGACCACAGUGAUGGUGAAAGUGGACGUGUCUGGCUCUAGGAUCCAGUUCUUUGAGGGAACACUGGCUAGUGUGGCACUGGUCAGUGGAGCAUCCAACAUCUUCUCGGGCAGUGUGUUUGGCAUCAGUGGCCACUUUCCCAUGAGGAUAUCUCAAGCACUCAUAUCAGGUCAGGCCAUGGGCGGGAUGUUGAGCGCAGUGGCCUCAAUAGUGGAUCUGGCUGUCGCAGGUGACGUGUCCAACAGUGCGCUGUUUUACUUCCUCACCGCUGACGUCUUCACUCUGCUCUGUAUCUUCAUGUACCUGCUGCUACCCAGACUGGCUUACUCGCGAUACUACAUGGAAGUGUAUUCUAUAUCCCGUAGUGAGUCUAACACCCACAACAGCAACUCAGGCCAAACAAAUGUAUCUGUGCCGCCCCUCAUACCAAUCCUGAAGAAGACCUAUGUGCUGGGCCUCUGUGUCUUCUACGUUUUCUUCAUCUCCAUCAUGAUAUUCCCCGCCGUCUCCUCAGGGAUCCAAUCAGUGAAUAAUGACUCUGGAAACCCCUUGACUUCUACGUACUUUGUGCCCCUCACUAGUUUUUUACUGUAUAAUGUCGCAGACUUCUGCGGCCGUCAGGUCACCGCCUGGCUCCAGGUACCGGGACCCACCAGUCGCAAACUGCCACUGCUGGUCCUCUUCAGAACCGUCUUGGUUCCGCUGUUCAUGUUCUGCAACUAUCAACCACGGUACCACCUGCACAACGUGUUCUUUGCACAUGACCUCUUCCCCGUGGUGUUCGUCUGCCUGCUGGGGAUUUCCAACGGGUACCUGGGCACGCUGCCUAUGAUCUACGGGCCUAAAGUCGUGCCACGGGAGUUGGCUGAGCCUGCUGGUGUCAUCAUGUCCUUCUUCCUCACACUUGGGCUAGCUGUCGGAUCGGCCUUCUCUGUGGCACUGGUUCACUGGAUCUGAGUGCCAAUGACUGGCUGCCAAUUAGACUUUUAAAAAGUGCCACAGCAUGGACCAUUUACAAUCUGUACAUCAGCACCCAAGAACAAUCUGUUGCCAAUAACUUUAUUUUAUUCGACUUAAAAUCUUUAAUACAUUGAUAUAAGACUUUUUUUGUUGUUACUCAUUUUAUUGUUCCCAUGGAGUUCAAAUCGAAAUGUUUUUUUAGGCCGUAAUAAAAAUAUUUGAA